AUGGACGAAGAAACUAAACUGCUUCAAACCCGGUUGCGUGCGGAGUAUGAUGCGUUGUUCACUUUGAAAGAGGAAAACGGUUUGGAGAUAUAUCCUAUCUUUAACGUACUGCCAGUGAAGAAGGAAUAUCCUGAUUAUUAUGCAUUGAUCAAGAAUCCAGUUUCUUUGAAUACUUUAAAGAAGCGUGUGCCACAUUAUACAGAUGCUCAGAGCUUUGUUAACGAUGUGGUGCAGAUUCCUUGGAAUGCCAAGACAUAUAAUACUAAGGAAUCGGCUAUUUACCGGUAUGCUGGAAUCCUCGAAAAAUACGUCAAGGACACUUUAGUACCUCAUUUGAAACAGUUUUAUCCCGAAGUGGAGUACCCUUACUUGGGUCCUUUGCCGGAUGAGAUCGAGGCUCAUAAGAAGUUGCACCCAGGGGAACCAUUCCCGAUGCCCAAAAAUACAGUAACGAUCAAGCCAAGAAGGACUCGUGAGCGUGAGUCAAGUGUUGCUCCCGGUGAGGGUGAAGAAGAUGACGAUGAUGAAGAAUUCCACGCGGAAGAGGAGGACGAUGAAGAAUAUACAGAGGGUAGAAAAUUACCACAACUGAAAUUAACUUUACACAGAGGUAUGCACCAAUCACACACGCCGCCCUCUCAACAUAGAUCUCAUUCUACCACUCCUAAACCUUACGGGAGACAUGUGCAACAAAGAACUCAUAUGAGACGUGGUAGACCUCCAGUGAUUGAUUUACCAUACGUGCAGAGAAUUAAGAACAUCUUGAAGAUGUUGAAGAAAGAAAUUGAUGAUGAUAAUGAGCCCUUAACUACGACUUUUGAGAAAUUGCCAGACGAAAUUCGUGAGCAUAGGUACUAUACUGUCAUUUCCAAUCCAGUUUGUCUUGAAGAUAUUAGGAAAAGAGUCAAGACACGUAAAUACAAGGAUUUUCAGAGCUUUCAGAACGAUUUUAACUUGAUGCUAACAAAUUAUAGACUCUAUCAUCGUGCUGAGCCUCAUUACAUGAAGAGAGCUGCCAUGUUGGAAAAGAAAUUCAAUAUGCUGGCUAGGCACGAGCUGUCUAAGCCCGAUAGAGAUUAUAUGCCUGAGGGUGAACUUCGUUAUCCAUUGGAUGAAUUGGUACUGAAAGGCGUCAGCUAUAAGAUUGGUGAUUGGGUUCUACUAGAGAACCCUAACGAUGCAACAAAACCAACUGUCGCACAAAUUUUCAGGCUGUGGAGUACUUCUGACGGGAGAAGAUGGUUGAAUGCUUGUUGGUAUUUGAGGCCUGAGCAAACGGUCCACAGAGUCGAUAGACUUUUCUACAAGAAUGAAGUGGUAAAAUCGGGCCAGUACAGAGAUCAUUUAGUCGAAGAAAUUGUCGGCAAGUGUUACGUCAUUCAUUUUACCAGAUUCCAACGUGGUGAUCCCGAUAUUAAGUUGGAGGGUCCUCUAUUCGUCUGUGAAUUUCGUUACAAUGAGAAUGAAAAGGUCUUCAAUAAAAUUAGAACUUGGAAGGCAUGUCUACCAGAAGAGAUCCGUGAUCAGGAAGAGGUGACUAUCCCAGUGAAUGGUAGGAAAUUUUUGAAGUAUCCAUCACCUUUGAAACACCUAUUGCCACCAAAUGCUUCCUAUAAUGACCCAAUCCCACAACCUACGGAGGCUGCCGUCAAUGCCCCACCUUUGAUUGGUGGUGUGUACAUGAGACCAAAGCUUGAGCGUGACGAUCUAGGGGAAUACUCUACCUCAGACGACUGUCCACGUUACAUUAUUAGGCCAGGCGACCCACCCGAAGAAGGUAAGAUUGAUUUUGAGACCAGUACUAUCAUCACAAAUUCAACUACCGCAACAGCACUGCCUAAGACCAGUCAGUCCAAUUCCAGACUAACUUCAUUGAAACACAACAGGUCAAAUACGGCGCUCAACGCAAUGCGGAAUGGUUUGUAUACUCCGCCCAUUGGUAACGCAGCUGCCUUGGCCAAUGCGGGGAUGCAAUCGCCCGGAAGUAGGCUCGGUACACCUAAUGGCCUGGGUCAACAAUUAACAGUGCAAGGUCUAAAACAACACCAGCUGAAUAAACAACAACUACAGCUGCAACAACAACAGCAACACAAACGAUCACAGGCAUCUGGAUACAACCUAACAACUAUUGUAAACAAUCUAGCAGCCCAAGCUUCGAAAACCAGUCUCGGCCAUAUCGCAAUCGACUCACCAAGCGCAUUCGUGCUACCGGUCACAAUCACCAAGAAUGUCGAUGUUUUACAAAGGACUGACUACGAUAGCCAAGUGAGAAGACUGGGCAAAGACCAAGUGCCCAGAAAAAAGCGCAACAAGGGCGAAGUGCUAUGGUUCAGAGGACCAAGUGUAGUGAUAGAAGAAAGACUCCUAAACUCGGGAGAUAAGCACUUACAACCUCCAUUAAAUAGGUGGUUUGCCAAGAACGUCAACAAGAAACCAAAACUGGCAUACGAAGAGAUAGAAGAACCGGUGGAACCCAGUGAAGCAGAUCAAGACGAGGAUGACGACUCAGAUGAAUCAGAGUAUGAUAUCAGUCUCGACCAAGAAGAAGAAGUCUUACCAGACUCGUUUCCACUCGGUCUUCGUCCCUCAGCUCGCUUCAUGGCCUUCAAGCUGGCCGCACGUGAGGCUGCUCAAACGGAGUCAAGUUAA